AUGUCCAAGGUAGCGGAAAAGGGCAAAGCACGAGCAGGGAAGCUGCACCCAAUACUCGCAAACCGGCACCUCGAUACACGCAUCAAAUUGACGGUUUUGAAGAGCGUAAUCGUACCGCCGCUAGAGUACGCCGGAGAAGUAUGGGAAGGAAAUAAGAAGGUAGUGAAAGAACUCGAGGCGGCGCAGAUGAAAGCAGCGAAAAUCAUCCUAGGAUGCUCCAAGCGCACAAGUAAUGCAGCCGUGAGGGCAGAAUUGGGGAUCCAAUCCCUACGGUCGGGAAGAGACGCGAGGAAGCUGACAUGGCAGUAUCGCAUGUGUGGGAUGGGAGAGGAGAGGUUGCCGAGAAUUGUAUGGGAGGCGAAGUGGGCAAACCAAAAGCGGGGUAGACAACCCACAGAAUGGGUCAAGGUUGUAGAGGACGUAUGUAAGGGGCUCGACAUCGACGAAGAUGAAACGCUGGAAACGGAGGGUCUACAGGGGUUCAAGGAGAAGAUAUAUGUUGCUUGUGCCGAGAGAGAAGAACAGAAUCUGAGGAAAGAAUCCAAGGAUAAGGAGGGUCUACAAGUGAACGGAAUGUUGAAGGAAGCAAUAGGGUUCAAGCACUACCUACGUGGA